GAUCGCUUUUGAUGGAGACGUGGAUGUUUUGCCCCUCGUCACUGACGGGACCGUUUGGAGGGGGCUCAUUCUCCUUGCAGUCUGGUAUGCUUUGCGACCUGGCCACGUGAGGUUCGAGCUGCUAGACACGGACAAGACCAAGUACUUGAGCUGGGCCACAACAUCGUGGCUUGCCACCGCGGAGCUUGACGAGGAUGAUGAGGAGGAAGAGGCAGCAGCUAGUGCCGCUGGCAAGUCGGAAUGUGCCGCUGGCAACGUCGAUGCGCUUGCCGAGCUGCUUGUUGACGACUAUGCCAGACUCGGCUUCGCACGCGGGUCGCACGUCAACGUCCUGGAGAUAGUCCCUGGCGGCCCCAUUGAAGGGGGGUGCCUUAUCAAAGUCGCCCUCGGCGCCAGCGGCAUUGUCGGCUACCAGGAAAAGGACGGCCUGCGGAGCCGCUUCUGUUCGCUUCUGUACUUCCUGCGUGACCCGUCUCGCCUGAUCUGCCUUCGACUCGUGAGAUCGUCGGAGCUGGGCCGGCUCGCUUGCAACGUGGUGGAUGCGAUGCUGUCGAUAGUUCGCCUGAGCCGGAAGGAUAUCAAGCGGGUUGACACCUACCAGGAUACAUGCCCCAUUCUGGAACGGCUCCACUCCAAGGGCAUUUGGCAAUCGGAGACCUGGUCCGCAGUCGCCUCGAUUAAGUUCUUCGACGGCAGCAUGCUGAGUGCUGUGGGGCUCGGUUCGAACAAGGAGACAAGAGACAGGGCGGUGCACCUGUCCCUGGCGACAGCGCUGACCCUGGAGCUUCUGAAGGGCUGCCCUGCAGACUUGUUGGCGGCUAUGCACCAGGUAAUGCACGAUUUUCCGCUGCUAGCUGCCUUGGUGAAGGAGGCCCGACAGAUCAAAGAGCGCACCGAUGAAGAGCUGCUUCCGCCGCCUCCGCUGCCUCCGACUCCCACGAACGAGGAGUGUUAUGAUUUCGCCAGGCAGUUCAUGGUCUUCCACGAGAACCCGAACCUCUGGUUUAGCGUGGGCCGCAUCGGUGGCGAGAACGACUGA